AACCAUUUAGGCCACAGCCUUUAUACCACGGUCCAUUUUUCCCAGUAUCAAAGAGAAGCUUCCUGAGCUUAACGUGGACCAGAAGGAGGUUUAAUUUCAGCAACCAGCCAGCAUGUGUACUGGAAAGUGUUCCCUCUGCAUUGCAGUGACUCUGUAUCCUCUGGCUCUCAUAUCCAUAAUCUGCAACAUUGUGCUGUUAUUCCCUGAUGGGGACCUCAAAUACGUCCAAGAUAAACAUAUUACGGAUGAGGUGUAUUACAUGGGGGGAAUCGUUGGAGGAGGACUAUUGGUGCUGCUCCCUGCACUUCACAUCCACCUGACUGGCAAACAGGGCUGCUGUGGAAAUCGCUGUGGGAUGUUCCUGUCUAUCUUGUUUGCUGCGGUUGGCGUUGCCGGCGCCCUGUACUGCUUCAUAGUGGCUGCCGUUGGCUUGACGAAUGGACCCUACUGUAAAGUGUUACUGGUUUGGAUGCGGCCUUUCAAAGACCGUGAAGACAGUUACCUGGGUAAUAGUUCGAUCUGGAACACGUGCACGGAGCCUGAGAACAUCGUCGUGUUCAACAUUGGACUCUUCAGCACUCUGAUUGUGACCAGCGGCCUGGAGAUGAUACUCUGUGCUGUUCAGAUGAUCAACGGGCUCAUCGGCUGCCUGUGUGGGACCUGCAUGAGGAAGGAAACAGAGAUGAUCUGAAGUGUCUUAAACGAGCAGCAGCUGUGAGUUUGUGAUGGGCGCCCCCUGCUGUUCAGUUAAAAGUUGACAGCUAAGUAAAGGCUGCAGGGAGUAUUGCUCUGAAUGGAAUUUGUUUUUUUGUUUUGUUUUUUACAUUUUUUGCCUAUUUUAUGCUUCUUACAUUAUUAGCUCCAGUGAUCAUAGAUGCAGUAGAGCCUUCUAAAGGUUUAUUCUAAAAUACAAUUUUUAAAAAAUAUUUUUUACUGUUCUGUUUGGAAGAAAGGACUUUUUUCUGCUCUAGUCCAGAUUCAACAUUUUAUCACUUAAAGGAGGUAAACUCCUAAGAGGCAGAGAAUCUAACACAUUAACAUUCUGAGCUGUAUGACGGUUUGAUUUUAUCUGCAUGUGCAAAGGUGCUGCUUUAAAGAAUUCAGGAACACAUCAGUUAAACCUGCUCAAUGAACCAAGAUAAUCAUUUGGCUUAAAUUUCUUUUUAUUUUUACAUUUUAAUGUUUUACACACAAACCAGAACAACUGUGGUAAAAGAAAUAUGAUGUAUUUUUUUAGGCAGCUUUAAAACAUAUUUUUGUAAUUGCAAUUUGUCAAAUAAAGAAAUUGUGAAAUCUGAUUUUUGUAUCUCAAUAUUAAACUGAUUUAAAACAAAGCACAGGAAAAAAUCUAAGGUCCUCUUGUAUCCAUUCAACACCAAUUAAAUUUGAUGUAUAAAUAUACAUUGAAAACAAACAUCUCUAAUAUACACUGAUUAGAAAAUAAAAGCACUGAAUAAAAAACACAAAAAUC